AUGGUGGCCGAGAAGAAUCUGCGAGGAUCGCUGCGAUCGGAAGUGGAUCGCGCGGUCGGCAAGGAUCGAAUUGUGAUCGUUGAUUCGCUGAACGCCAUCAAGGGGUACCGAUACGAGCUGUGGUGCCUGGCACGUGCUGCUGCCACCAAAUACUGCGUGGUGCAUUGCGACGUGGCGGCAGAGACGGCAAGGGAGUGGAACGACAGGCGCAGAGACGCGGGAGAGCCCUGCUACGCUCCCCAUAUUUUGGAGGAUCUGUUGGGUCGAUUCGAAAGGCCGGUGGGUCGCAAUCGCUGGGACUCGCCCCUCUUUGAACUUCAUCCUGCCGCCGAGCAAGCGGCAGAGGCGGCAGAGCAGGUUAUAGGCGAGGUGGUGACACUGCUUGUGGGUGGAAGCGGAGCAGCAAACGGACGGGGGCGAGCAGGCAGGGCGUUGCAACCAACAGUUGCCACUCAGACAGCUACAGCGUCAGAUGCCAACGUGCUGUAUGAGAUGGACCGGGCCACAAAGGAGGUGAUUUCCGCCGUGAUGGAUGCUCAGGCAUCGCUAGGAGGCGCCUCAUCACCAUUCACAGUAGAUUUGGGACCUAGUAACAACAUAGUAUUACGGCGGCCCGUUGGUCUUCCGGAAUUGCAACGGUUGCGUAGGACAUUUGUUCGCCUGGCUGGGCAAGCUGCUUUGUCUGGAAAUGCACCGCCCAAGGAUGCAGAGUCGGCAAAAAGAUUCUUUGCUGAGUACAUUGUUCGAGAGGUUAAAUGA